AUGGAGAAACCUACACCUAAUCCCGAGCAUCAUCAGCAUCACCCUCAUCACUCCCUCGAGCAUGAUAACCAACAACCUUCAGGCUACAAGUCCCGCGACUUCGGCUCACCGCUCGAGCCGGAGCUAGAGGAGCAGGACCCCCAGAGUGUGCCGAUCCAUACACUGCAAAGCCUGAGUGCACCAGUUGUUUGCCCAAAGUGUGGAGUAAGGGCCAUGACUAUCACAAGGUUGAAAUCUGGUAGUUUCGCUCUUGCCCUCGCCGGGAUUGCGCUCAUCACUAAUUGCUGGCUGCUGGUACCUCUUCCCUUUCUUAUGUCCUCGACCAAGGAUGUUCUUCAUCAGUGUGGUAAUUGUAAAAUACUUAUUGCUGAGUGGCACCGAAGGGGUCGUACUGAAGUCCUCGCCUACCCAGAAGUGAACGGGGCUGAGGAUGAGAAUAAGGAUGAGGUUGAGGUUGAGGUCAAGGUCGAGGAUAAGUCGAGGGAAAGUCACUUGCUUUGA